CAGACACACAGGGGCUGACAUCACACGGCUCCUGGAAAGUCUCCGCUUCCUGCACAGUUCUCUAAGUUUUUUUUUUUCUCCCCUCUUUCUCUUGUUGUUGCAGAAGUGAACUUCCUCUGUCAGCCUCCCCCUCCACAUCACAGACAGCAGCAUCAACCGGACCCCCAGGGCUCUGAGCAGAACACCCAACAGACCCCAAUGCACUGACCCAUCCGGAUCCUCUCCAGCCACCGGCUAAGAACAAACCAUUCAGAAUUGAGGAAAAUGUUUUCAGCAAGUCCUGACAACUGGGUAACAUUUGAUGAUGACAAUCCAUUCCAGUCUCCACAGAAAUCCUUGAUCUAUGGUCAUGACAAUGCACAUAGCACGAAACCAAGUGACCUUAAACUAAGCCUGUCUCAUGAACGAAUGAGAAGCCCUUCUUACUCCAACUCCACCACGCCUCACACAUCUCCAAUAAUUGACUUCUUCAUGAGUCCUGGUCCUCCAAGCAAUUCACCUCUUUGUACCCCCAUUAAGGACAGUCCAUCCACACCGUGCACUCCCAAACAAGGGUCUUUUAACUUGUACCCUAUAGCCGAGAGGCCUCAGAACCACCAUCAGGCAUUCUCUGAAGGAUCCACUCCAUUGCCACCUACUAUUUUAUCUCCUGCAGAUACAAAUGACACAAAUCAGAAUUCUUCAGCAUACAGAAGUAAUAAUAGUUUAGGACAUCUUUCCAUUUUCCAUUUAGAUCGUUCUCAAAAUGAUUGUGCUUUCUCAAGCCCAUUUUGGAACAAUGAUGCCACAAGUUCUUCAAAGGAUCUGUGCACUGCAGCUGAAUCCCACACAAAUGAAGGAAAGCCAGCAAAACAGGAAUAUGACAUAUCGGAAAAAGAAGCAUCUAAUAACCAGAAAAGUCUUAACCAGUGUUCUUUCAGCUAUGUGUGCGAAAGGCUUCAGCAUUUAAAGAUUGACCCACCUGAAAACUCUAGGCAUCAGCCUGUCUGCGCUGAAAGUGAAAACCCAUCAUUUAUUCCACAAAGUCUCUUUAGAAGUCAGCGGAAAGAUGGGUGGCCUUUCAUGUUGAGGAUACCGGAAAAAAAGAACAUGAUGUCUUCCAGGCAGUGGGGACCUAUUUACCUGAAAGUUGUAUCUGGUGGAAUUCUGCAAAUGUAUUAUGAAAAGGGCCUUGAAAAACCGUUCAAAGAAUUUCAGCUUCAUCAAUUCUGCAGGCUUUCUGAACCGAAACUCGAAAACUUAGGAGUUACAGAUAAAAUACACACUGUUAAGAUAGAAAAUAUAACUUAUGCAGAAAAAAGAAAAUACCAUCCGAAACCUGAAGUGGUUCAUGAGGCAGAAAUCGAACAAAUGUUAAAACUGGGAACCGCUGAGUAUUCGGAUUUGAUGGACUUUAUAACAACAAUGGAGGAGGAGCUGCUGUUGCUCUCACCAGUUUCAAAACCAAAGAAAACUUAUGAAGAGCCUGAAAUGUUGGUGGAGAUAGUGGACAAUUUUUGGGGCCAAAUCUCAAAGGAAGGGAAGUUAAGAAACAAGUCAGUGGUUUGCCAGUUAUAUUGUCUUAGUUUUAUUAAUAGCGGUAUGGAGUGUUUUUUAACGUUAAAUGAUGUUGAACUACAAAAGCGGAACUAUUUUGAGAAAAAGAGUGAGAAAAACGUCAUCGAUAUCUCAGAAUUUCAUUUCCACAAAUGUGUUAAGCAAAAAGAAUUUGAAAAGACGCGUAUUAUUAAAUUCACACCCGUGGAUGCUUGCCGGUUUGAGCUUAUGCGCUUUAAGGUUCCUUGUGAUGUGAAAGAACUUCCGUUUUCCCUGAAGAGUCUGGCUGUGAUACAAGGAGCCUAUGUGGAACUCCAAGCUUUCUUGAACAUGUCUAGUAGUAUGGUGGGUCCUUCUCAGAUGAAAUACUGUGAAAAUAUCACUAUCCAUUUCCCUGUUCCUGCACAAUGGGUGAAAGCACUUUGGACUGUAAGUCUACAGAGGCAGAGGUCUUUGAAGACGAAGAUGAAUAGAAGAGCUUGUCUUAGUACUGGAUAUGAAAUAGAAUCAGAGCCGGUAAUACAAGUCACAAUUGGGGCGGCGAAAUACGAGAACGCCUAUAGGGCUGUUGUGUGGAAGAUUGAUCGACUCCCAGAUAAAAAUUCUAGUCCUUAUCAACCGCACAGUUUAUCCUGUAAGCUUGAGCUGGGCUCUGACCAGGAAAUACCCUGCAACUGGAAUCCAAUGGCACACGUGCAGUUUGUCAUGCCAUUUACAUGCGUCUCUGGGGCAGAGGUGAAAUCAAUGGGUGUCGAGAAUGAUCACCAGCCCCAUAAACACGUCACCCAGAAAACUUGCUACAACAUCCAGGUGGAGAUUGAUAGAAAACGUAUCCCCACUGAUGGCGAAGAUAUGGAUAAGACCAGAGAGUGCAGAACACAGUAAAAAAAAAUAAUUAUAAAACCUUCCAGAGAAAUAUAUAUGGGAAUGUAACCUGUGUAAUGAACUAUAUGGCUCAGCAUUCUCAGUCUACUGAGGUUAUAUGGUUAUUCACCAUUGCUGUCUUAUGUAUACAGAUGUAAAAAUUCAUAGUAGAUGUAUAUUAUUCUUUAUAACUGAACAUUUUCCAUGACUUUCAUUCUAAUAUACAGUACAUAAAGAGAACCAGGAUAAUAUGAUUUACAUUUAUUUCCACGUAAUCUCGCAAAUGUGCAGCAAAUGAUUCUAUUUGUUUUGGUGAUUUAUUUGUAAAACCAUAUUUGACAAUAAAACUUUAAGAAUAAACUAUUUAAAACUCUAAA